CUAAAGCCAAAGAUCAAACACUGCUGCAUCCCAGCAUGUCGGCAACACUCUGCAAUCGCUCUCCACUAUCCCCAUUCAUUCAUUGUUGCUCCUUCACCUGACGUAAACAUACAUCUUCUACUGCAACCGCAACCGCAUCAUAGAUCAGCACACAAGGUGUGCCAGCCUACGGAUUAAGCUAGGUGCCAGCUGCAAACUGAUUCACCUGGAGGUGCAGAUCGAUGGUUUAGAAUUCUGGAGCUUCCUGCCUUUGCCGGGCCUUCACUGGAACACUAGUCAUCAUGCCUCGAGAUCAAGAGGUCAUCUUUGCGAGCAAUGUCGAACAAGCGGCAGAGAAGAUCUCUCGUUAUUAUCUAGUGGAUACGAGUAGGGCUGCACAUAAGCCCAUCUAUUUUGAUGGAUAUCAAGGCCUGGCUGCUUCUGCGGUGCUUAGAGCAAUAGACAAGCACCCUCCUCCGUAUCUGUUGGAAAGAUUCGACAAGAUCAUCCACGUUGAUUGCUCCAGGUGGAAAAGCCGAAGAGCACUCCAAAGGACAAUCGCACAAAUACUGGAGCUUCCUCAUCGGGUGAUGGCUGCCAUUGAUAGGCAAGACAGGGAAGAUGAUUUCACUGGGACAGAUGAAGCAUCAAGAGGUGAGAUUAAUGAUGUCGGGAGAGAGAUCCACCGAACCCUACAAGAACACAGAUGUUUAAUCCUAUUCUGCAAUGGAAGCAACGACACUGUUGAUUUGUAUGAUUUUGGCAUUCCUCGGUCUGAGGUGGUGCCUGUCCCAUGUCUCCAACGAAUCAUCAUGAUGGGUUGUGAGCAGCUUCGUGCCGUGCUUUGGCCAGAAAUGGGGGUGCCCAGACUAACUUUGCUAGUCAUUGACACCCGAGGAGAAAAGGUCGAAAGAACACUACCAGAUUUAGACAAGCUAAAAAAGGGACAUCAUCAUGGAUAUGUUGCUACAAUGGACAUGAGAUUCAUUCAGUCACUAGUGCGAAGAAGUUACAAUAUCUUUUGGUCCCCAUACACCGUUGGAUGUAGUCUAAACCUCUGCAUAUCUGCUGGCGGACAGUGGUGCAGCAACGAGAAGAUGGGCUCUGACAGCAUAUCAGGGCCACCCCUAGCGAAGUCAUUAUUUCCCAAUCACUCUUACAACACCUACAAUGAUUUUGCUGUUGAUGACAUAAGUAUUGAUCAUGACUACAGCAGCGCAGUGCAGUUUCAGCCGGGGGACUACCAUGUGGAGAUUGGUGAUGGAUUUAGCAACACUAGCGUGGAAACCAUCCCAGGAAUGAAAGCUAUCAUCUUAGUGAUGGACAAGGCUGAGUCGCUGCAUGUGCAUGACAAUUCUUCCAUCACUACUGCCAACCCUGGAAACAUCCCUGGACUCAUGAAGUCCGGUCAAGUGCUGAAACUUGGUUGGAAUUGUCUCAAAUGGUGUCGUGUGGAGCGAUGUCCCAAGCUACACACAGUAUUCGAUGCUAACCACGUUUAUUGCAAUUUUGAAGAACUAGAGAGCAUUUGGGCAGCUGAUCUUCCAAUGGCCCGCUGCAUUUGGAGCGAAGGAUCGGCCAGGUAUUACUCGGCACGUGCUCAUAGGUAUGCGAAACUGCAGAGCAUACACCUUCACUCCUGCCCGAGGCUCACAUUUAUCCUCCCACUGUCGUGGUUGGACACCUUGAGAAACUUGGAGACCAUCCACAUCGUCUUCUGUGGCGAUCUGAAAGUGGUGUUCCCAGUGGAGCAGAAGCUCGACCUGAGCAUUUCAACAUACAUACCUAUGGCGUUCAUAAGUGGUACACUGGAGUUCCCCAACCUGAAGCAUGUGUACCUGCACGACCUCCACAAGCUGCAGCAGAUAUGCGAAGCCAAGAUGUUUGCUCCCAAGCUCGAGACCAUCAGGGUCAGGGGCUGCUGGGGUCUGAGGCGCCUCCCAGCCAUCGGCCGAGACAACCACCCUGUCGUGGACUGCGAGAAGGAUUGGUGGGACAAGCUGGAGUGGGACGGUCAGGAGGCCGGCCAUCAUCCUUCCCUCUUCAAGACGCACCACUCGUCUUAUUACAAGAUGCCCCUGGAGAGAAUUUCCGUUCUCCGGUGAAACCGUCGCAACCCGUUUUAGAUUUGGUGGUGCAAGAUGAUGUCAUGCCUUGCUGCUCCUGACUGCUGCGUUGCCACAGCGGUUCAGGUGUUCAUUUCCAAAGAUUAUGUUGGUGUGUUUUUCUGAAGAAUAAAUCGGUGUGAUGUUGUGUUUUCCCAAGAUCAGGAGUACAUCUUCUUGAUUUGUUUCCAACGAGAUGGAGACGAACGUACCGUUUGUUUGUGUGUGGUUUGGUUUUGUUUGGCUUGUGGUCAUGUUUGUGUUUGUAAUAAGAAGGUUUUCAUGUGGCUGUGGUGUGUCAACCAUGUACCGUCAUAAAACCCCUAUUGAUUUGACGAGAGUGCUGUUUGCCAAAGACUACGCAUGAAACAAUGUUAAGUGUGUGCCCAAGUAUCGGUGUGGUCUUACAUGUAUGCUUGCCUGGGAAUGUAUCGGUGUGCUCUUCUUACAUGUAUAAUAUAUUACUCUCUCCGUUCCA